AUGCCCGCGCCCAAAUUUGAAGGCCCGGCCAAGCCAAUCCAAGUCUGGAAGAAGGUCAAAGCAGAGCUGACCCACCUUGAGCAGGUCUACCUCAUUGUGUGCCCGGUCUGCAACAUGCCAGAACACGCUCCUGAACAUAAGGAGCGCAUCUACAGCCCCAGGCAUUUUGCAGCGCUGAUGAACAACAUUGCUUAUGAAUUGUAA